AUGGUCACUCAGGGAGGCAUCUGCAAAGUAUCGAUCACGAAAAACGAUCAAGUUUUCUGUAUUUCAACGCGAGAGAAAAUCGAAAUUAGAACGGGAAUUUCGAAAGGAGAACAAUCGGGAAAACGGUUCGAGAAGGUGGUGGACAGAGGAGAACCGAAGGAUCAGAGAUGGAUCUCAUUGCAUGCGGGGGCGGUGUCCUUCCCGGAAGUGCCCGAAUUCUUCCUCUCCUCGACAAGCCUGCAGUCGAGAAUUGAAGUGCUUCAGUUCAAAAGAGCCGAUUGGCGUCUGAAAAUACUCGAAAGACUGCAAGAGGCUUCCGAUCAAUCCUGGGCGAAAAUGAAAAAUGUGAAGGGAGCGGAACUCGGAGUGGAAGUGGAUAACGAAAAAGAGAAAGAGAAGGAUGCGGCCAAACGGAUGAGGUGCCAGAUCAUGAGAGGAGACGGAUUCCAGAGUGUCACUGUCACAUUCACUGCCACUCAAAUGGAGAUCUCGGGGGAAAAGUUCCAGAAGACAAUCGAGACGGCUUCGAUCCGAUCGGUGCUUCCGACCUUCCAGCGUCUUCCUCAGAAAUACCUUCUUCAAGUGUUUAUUGGAGAUGCUUCAGAAUCCGAAUUCUUUGCUUUCACAGACAAUAAAUCACAGAAAACAAUGCAAACAAUCGUUGAGAAUGUAAUGGCAUCUAGCCGCAUACAAAUGCAAUUCUACUUGUUCCAGGUGAUUUGUGAUUACAUUUGCUCGUCCACUCGCAGUUCGCACGGAGAAAGUAUGUGGUCAGUGAGCUCCGAAGGCGUCGUCCGAUGGCAUUGUCUCGCGGAAAUGAGCGAAGAGAGCAAGUACGAGGUGAGAUGAAUCUCCGAAGGCGUUCGUUUCUGAACAGUUCUUCCAGAAAAGAGUGAAUCCGGGAGCCAGCCGGGGACUUCUUGUGGACGGACACUUCGAAAGCAUUGAUUGCGGAGUGAAACGGAGUGUCUGGGCGGUCAACCAGGUCGGAGCACUGUACUCUCUGAGCACCCACUAUGAUCCACUGAGUGCUCGCGAGACGGAGCACGAGUUUAAGGCGACGGACCAAGUGACUCUGAAGAUGUUCGAAUAUCAGAAACACGCAAUUUUCCGCGGCUUCAUCACGUUCCAAGGAUCUCAGAAGAGAAUUUCGGCGUGGAUGUGCGACGGGAAACCCUGUCCUCCCUCCUUUUCCUCGCUUCCGUCUUCCCAAUGGAGCUGGAUCGAUUCCACGUGGCAGUUGGAGGAAGAAGCGUGGAAGUACGCGAACGACAUAGACGGAGUGUACCUGAGCAGCGAGAAAGAGCAAGGAAAGGCUCGGCGACGCAUCUGGACCCGUCGCGCUCAUUUCGAAUCGAAUAAGUCUCCGUGGUGCCACGUUGAAGCGCCGCCCAUUCAAUGCGUUCGAGUCGGAAAAAGAGAGUCCACGGAUGUGAGAAUCUUUCUCAAAAAGUUUCAACAACUGUUUAAUUCAGGGAAACAUAAUUGUUAUAGCUCUGACAACAGACGGGCACAUUCUGAAAAGGAAUGGCGUGGAUAAAGAGCACUUCAGAGGCGACAGCUGGACUCAGGUGACUCCUUCCGAUCCUUGUGGAUUCCUCAUCUGCUUCAUCUUCAGGUGAUCACAGACUUUCCGAUCUCGAGCAUCCAUUUGCAAUGGGAAGAUAUGAAGUUGUGGUGCGUGACUACGGAUGCUCUGAUCAUGUACCGAAGCAUGGUUUCCAUUAAUACAUCCUUGCCCAGUUCCGAUUGGGCCAAUCUCACGGUGGACCUGGCUCCGAUCAUCCAGUAUUUCAAACAACCAAUUGGCAAACACAUCGAACUGACAGGCUAUUGCGACAUUCUCUACGCUCGAAUCAAAAAUAUCCUAUUCCGAAUCGACACAAAACAUGGUAAAACGAGGCCUCGUCUUCAAGCUAAAAAACAUCUUCAGAAACGAUUUCCGACGCUUAUCCGAUGGACAAUCUGCAGCAAGCGGUGGUCAACAGCCAAGGUAUGACCUUCGCAUUCUUAAGAUCCAACCAAAAAAGGAUUAUAAUAACUCGAGAUAUCUGCAGGUUCGAUCUGCGUCCGUGGCGCGAAUAUAACGGUAAUACGAGAGUGGCGAGUCAUUCCGUACUCCGACCGGAAGGCCACAAUUAUCGCGAUGCAGAAUGUGGAACGGGCCACCAACAUGGGCUGCAAUCUGAAAUGUAUUGCAUUUUUCUGAUUAUUUAUGUAUUGCUUUCUGUGCUUGAUUUAUAUUUUGCUAGUUUACGUCUCGCGUGUGUUAUGUAUGAUCUUUUCCAUGUGUAUUUAAUUCAUCUUUCAUUGAAUAAAGUCUUGAUUUUCAAAGAUUAUUUUUAAAAGCGAAACUAAAUUUUUUUAAACCACACAUUUCCCAAACGGAGAAACCUCGGCCACGGUGCUGUGUACUCCUCGUGGAUAAGUGUAGUAAUUGUUCGGCGUUCUCGAAUUUGCACGGUUCUGAUGUUUUCAUGUAUCGAACUUCAUUUUUUCUUAAAGAAAAACGUUUUUCAUCAACAUUUCAAUUGUUUUCUUUUGUCAUAAAUAUAUAUUUUUACGCUAAGUUAGAUUUGAAAGCUGAUGAAAUACGUAGCGAAUGAGCAUUAAUCAUGUGAUUCGCAUUGUCAUUUCUAGUUUCGCAAUCCGUUUCCGCAUUGCCAUUUACAAUCGAUUGAUUUGCAGAUCAAUGCCAUGGCAGGAGGACGUCCUGCAGCCGGUUGUUGCUGCUUCCUCAACAAUGUCCGCUUCCCGGUGCUUCUGCUCGUCACUUUCUCUGUAGCCGCCUUGUAUUCGACAAUCCUCGUGUUUCAUCUCACUUCGAUUCUUGACCCAGAAGUCGAAUGGCGGCCUGUUCCCGGCUUGGACACUCUUCACGGAAGUUCUUACAAAGGUGGGAACAUUUUGCAGAGAAUAAAGAAUGAGUUAUGUUCUAUUUCAGGUUUCGAUCGAUUCAAACGCGAACUGACCGAGCCAAAGAUUCCGUCAAAAGUAGUGAGGUUCGAUGAAUCGGUGGAAGAAGACGAUGGCCAUCCGAUCCUUCCGCCCACUGUCAAACCAGUCCCAGUCACUACGACACAAGCUCCGACGACGAGAAAAACCGAAAAACCCGUGCCCAUUUUCAUCACGAAUCGUCCGGAAACGACGACAGAGCGUGCAGAAAAGGCAACGACAGAAAAUGAUGUUGUGGCAAGAGGUUUGGACUGCGUGCUCCAAUAUUAUCAAUUAAACCGUGUUCAGAAGUCGAGAGGACCCUGAAAAAGUUGAAAGACGCAGAAGACGGAAAACUAGAGCCUGUUCCCCAAAAGGUUGCUGAUGAAACAUUCAAAAAACCGUAAGUAUUUCACUGAUUUCCCAGUGAUUCUCUAAAUUUUUCAGAAGUGAGCCUCUUACCCUAAGAAUCCGCCGUGGAUUGUUGUACGCAGCGCCCGGAAUCGGAGCGAUCAUCGGCAGUUUCCUCAUGAUCAAUCUUUCCAAAAAGUUCGGAAUUCAAAAACUAUUCUCGGGGUCUCUGGCUGCUUCCUCUCUUCUCACAAUUGUGUUUUUGUACGUACAAAAACGAAGCUACGCUCUUCUUCUCGUGGUCCGUCUCCUGCAAGGACUCCUCUUUUCGUCCGUAUUUCCAGUGAUAGGAAGUGUUCUCGUUCAAUGGGGACCUCUCAAGGAGCAGUUACUUUUCCUCACCGCCAUGCUCAUGUUCGUCUCCGUUGGACCUGUGGUUGCCUGGCCAGUUGCCAGUUAUUUUCACGCGUUGGAACUCGAAUUCGAUUACGGUUUCUACGUGCAAUCGCUCAUUCUUGCUCUUUUCGCUCUCACGUAAGCAACCUUACUGAUUUAAUGUUCAUCCUAUACUUCAGAUGGGGCAUCUUCUAUCGAGAUAGACCACAAAUUCAUCCAUGGGUCAGCGGAGUCGAAUUGAACCGAAUUGUGGCAGGAAAAGUUCAGGUAAGUCGUUUUCCAAUCCUUUCUUAUCGAUAAAAUCGUUCUCGUCAGGAAUUGCAAUCGAACCGAGCUCCCUCUGAUUCGUUCACCUCUCUGUUCCGUUCUCUCGCCGCCUGGAGCAUCUUGAUUUCGGUCUUCGGAUUCUUCUCGGUCAUCGCCUUCUUUGGCAUCUACCUUCCGUCGUUCCUCGCUUCUCCGGAUGUGUUUAUCGUGGAAGGACUCGGAAUUCAUGCGAGUAUUCCGUUCCAGUUACUUGUAAGUGUUGUGUUAUCUCUUCAUUCAAAUGGCCUUUUGUUUUCAGCCCAUCUCGUGUGCCAUCUUUGCGUCUCUGAACCUGCUUUUCAAACCCUCCACCAAAAUCAUUCGAAUCCUGAAUGCCCUUGCUUUCGUGCUCGCUGCCGUGUUCAUCGUCGCCAUUCCGUUCAUCGCUUUCCUCGAAAAGAAGGCUGCGUUAGUACCCGGUUCUCUUUCUCAAAAAAUCAACUUGACAUGUGUUCAGACUGCUCUCGCUCCUUCUUCUCUCAACAAUCCCACUUGGAUUGGCAAUCGUGGCCGGAUUCGCGCGAAGUCUCACCGUCGUCGGAAGAGUAUUUGCUGAGCAGAUCGUGACGAUGUGCGCUCUUCCGUUCGGAAUCGCGUUCACAGUCAUUCCGAUCGUGGUUACUUGUUGGGUGGGAGAGAAGUAAGAAUCAGAAGAAAUUCAAGCGCAUCUUCUAAUCAAUCAAUUUCAGUAAACUUGCCGAAUGGACCAAAGUCGUACUGGUCCUGUGCUUCAUUCUUUUUGCUGUUGCUAUCGAAUUCGCCGCUUUCGGAAGAGGUUUUCAGUUUAGUAUCAUUCCUCCCGAACUUCUUCUCAUUUCCAGGUCGUUCUCCUUCAUGGGCCGAAUCCUCGUGGGAUCCUCUUGUUGCUUCGACAAAAAUGCAAUCAUUGGCACUCAUCGAUUUCAAUCAGGAUGAGUGCGGACUGUACGAGCUCCGAAGGAUAGAGCCCAAAAAAUAAUCAACUUCUCGCCUAGUUCAUAAUUUUCGCUGCUUUCAAAGCUUUUUUGCUCAGAGUAUAUCAAUUUUCAGACCAAAAUUACGUUUUUUUCAGGUCAACAAUUAAUGCAUUGUAAUAAUAAUAUGAUAAUCUUGUAGAUUUUCAUAUCUCUCCGCUUUUAUCAAAUUUUCAUCAAAUCUUGAUUUUAUCGUCCAGUGUAACGGCUUUGGAUUGUACCAUAUUUCGCCUGCUCUUCGUUGUGAUUUUUCUUCUUACAACCUUUCUUCGCUGAAUAAACAUCGCAAACAGAAGGGUGUUUGGAAGUACUACGGUGGGGGGCAAAAGUGUGCAUUGCGUACCGACGCGGCGCCGCAUCUCACGACAAUUCGCGUUUUUUGCCUCGAAUCCGCCAACUGUUGCAGGGCUCGGCGAGCCACCGACUCUUCGUGUGCCAUUCGAGCCGAAUGAUUACUUUUGUGCUCUUUUUCAGUUUAAUUCAGCAAGCGAUUAAACGACAAAAUAAGAGAGAAAUUGGCGAUUUUAGGAACUUGUAAAUGUGGAACUGAAAUGUGCAAAGUACAUUUUUCCGGUGAUGAGUUGAAUUGAACAAUGUUUUCAGAGUGAGAAGCAAGUAUAA